AUGACUGAGGACGACUGGCGUUGGCAUGCCUAUGACACGGUGAAGGGUGCCGACUGGCUCGGAGAUCAGGACGCCAUUCAGCACAUGUGCCGCCUGGCACCAGAGGUGAUUCUGGAAUUGGAGUCCUUCGGCUUGCCAUUCUCCCGUACGCCGGAGGGGAAGAUCUACCAGCGCGCCUUUGGUGGACAGAGCUUGAAGUUUGGCAAAGGUGGCCAGGCCUAUCGCUGCGCGGCGGCUGCGGACCGCACGGGCCACGCCAUCCUGCACACCCUCUACGGCAUGGCCUUGAAGUUCGACUGCUUGUUCUUCGUGGAGUACUUCGCCAUGGACCUGAUCAUGAGUGAUGACGGCAAAUGCUUGGGCUGCGUGGCCAUGUGCAUGGAGGAUGGCAGCAUCCACCGCUUCGGAGCCCACAGCACCAUCAUCGCCACCGGCGGCUUUGGCCGAGCCUAUCAGUCCUGCACUUCUGCUCACACCUGCACAGGCGAUGGCAGCGCCAUGGCCUCCCGCGCUGGGCUGCCGAUGCAGGACUUGGAGUUUGUGCAGUUCCAUCCCACAGGCAUCUUCCCUGCGGGCUGCCUCCUCACCGAGGGCUGCCGCGGUGAGGGCGGAAUUCUCCGGAACAGCGAGGGCGAGCCUUUCAUGGCGCGCUACGCACCCACCGCUAAGGACUUGGCAUCGCGCGACGUGGUGAGCCGCGCCAUGACCUUGGAGAUCCGCGAGGGCCGCGGCGUGGGCCCCAACAAGGACCACAUCUUUUUGCACCUGGAUCACCUUCCUCCUGAGACCUUGGCAGAGCGUUUGCCCGGCAUCUCUGAGACGGCCAAGAUCUUCGCCGGCGUCGACGUCACUAAGGAGCCUGCGCCCGUGCUGCCCACUGUGCACUACAACAUGGGCGGUAUCCCGACCAACUGGAAGACUCAGGUCGUCCGCGAUGCGGAGGACACCAUUGUUCCCGGGCUCUUGGCCGCUGGAGAGGCGGGCUGCGCCUCAGUUCACGGUGCCAACCGCUUGGGCGCCAACAGCUUGUUGGACCUGGUGGUCUUCGGGCGCCAGGCCGCCGACACCACCGCCGAGCUGGUGAAGCCCAACAGCCCUCCGGUGACUUUGCCCAAGAACGCCGGAGAGGCCAGCAUCGCACGCAUGGACAAGAUCCGCAACGCCAAGGGCCCCAUCCCCACCGCCGACUUGCGCCGUGAGCUGCAGGUGACCAUGCAGAAGUAUGCCCCUGUGUACCGCAACUCGGAUGACCUGGCGAAGGGCAAGGGCGUGAUCGUGGAGGUGAUGAAGAAGUACAAGGACGUGGGCGUCACCGAUCGCACCAUGAUUUGGAACACCGAUCUCAUCGAGACACUGGAGCUGGAGAACCUCAUCAACCAGGCAGAUCCGCAUGGGCGAAGAACGCGCGCAGAACGUGAGAAGAGCCCCUUGUACCAGGCGGCCCAGGAGAUGUACGCGGCCGAAGCCCGAAAGGAGUCCCGCGGGGCUCACGCGCACGAGAACUUCCCCGAGCGUGACGAUGAGAACUGGAUGAAGCACACCCUCUCUUGGCUCGACAAGCCUCAUGUCGAGGAUGCCAAGGUGGUGUUGAAGUACCGCAGAGUCAUCGAUCAGCCUUUGGACAAGGACUGCUCAGAUGUCGUUCACAUCCUUCAGCAGAGCGGACUCCCAUCGUUUCCUGCAUGUUUUCCACUGAGGACAUUAUAUGUGGCAUAG